GAAGAUGCUGCUCCUGACGCAAGUCGUGUUGCUCUCAGCGCUCUGCGCCACGACGCUAGGCUGCCCUACCAUUGUCUCACGCCGACAGUGGGGGGCCCGGCCCCCAAGAAGCAGGGUCCCGCUGAGGACCCCAGUGCCCUACGUCAUCAUCCACCACACGACAGGGAAUCGCUGCACCUCGCAGGCCUCCUGCAGCCGGGAGGUCAAGGGCAUCCAGAACUACCACAUGAACACCCAGCGCUGGUCCGACAUCGGCUACAACUUUCUGAUCGGCGAGGACGGCAGAGUCUAUGAGGGCAGAGGCUGGAAGACCAUGGGGGCCCACGCCAAGAAGUGGAACCAUAAGUCACUGGGAUUCAGCUUCCUGGGCAACUUCUCCAACAGAAUCCCCAGCGCUGCCGCCCUGAACGCCGCCAAGAGCCUGAUCCAAUGCGCCAUCUCCAGGGGUUUCCUGAAACGCAGCUACACCGUGACGGGGCAUCGCAACGUGAACCCGACCAGCUGCCCUGGGAACGCCCUCUACAGGGUCAUCAGCAAGUGGCCCAGGUUCAAAGCCAAACCCUGAGUCCCUGCAGCCUCGGGGCAGCCCGUGUCCAUUGCUGACCCCGGCUGCGGCUUAUGCCUGCUCAAGCAGCACCUCUGUCCCCCAGCAGGGGGCAACCUUGCACUUCUCGCCCACCUGCUGCCUCCAGGGGCCGAGAGAGCAGAGAUCUGAGAGUUGGGGUUACGCUCCCGUCUCCCCCAGCACUCAGCUGCCCUCUGGUCCAGGGGGCUCAGAUUUCUAAUGGCGUUUGGGAGCCACCUGCCUCCCCCAAGCUGCUUCCUUCAGCAGACGCCAGGCCUACCCCUCGCUGCCGCCCAGAACAGGCACAUCAGCUCAGCCCUGGCCCAUACACAGCCAGGCCCAGGGUCUUACAGCAUCCAGGAGGUGGGGCCAAUCCUCAGCUGAGCUCUGUGGUGACAGCCCUGCCAAUCCCUGGGCAGCUCAGGGAAUGUCGCCUCCAUUCCCGUGUUAAACGUCUGAACAAUUCUCAAUUCCAGAGUCAAAUCCUCCUUUGUCCCCAGCCCUCCUGAAAUCUGCAGCAAAACUUUCAUCUAGAAUCCCCCAGAAAUUGGUCGCUAUUUACCCCACCCCACAAAGGGAACCCAAGUGUCCCCGAGCCCUGACCCUCAGCUCUGCCUGGCCCCGCAGGGGCUGGCUCUCAAAGCUUUCAGCCCUAGCACC